AUGAACUUGUUUGUCCUCAAUUUGUUUAAUUUACAAAACCAGGAUAGAAUCCAAGUGUGCCACUCAUACCUUUUUUCAGGUACCCAUUCAGGUGUAUGUUCCUCUUCCUCUCUCUCCUCCCCUCCUCAGACACGUGAGUCACGUGGGCUGGGACCCCAACAACCUGGACCCUGACCUGAAGAAGCUGCUGUCCUGUGCUGGGAUCAGUGAGGCUGAGUUGAAGGACGAAGAGACCUCCCAACUCAUCCAACAAGUAAUCGAGAACUCAGGCGGCAUGGAAGCAGUCAAAAAGGCCAUGAACACUGGUGAGUGUCAUUCUGAGUGUAUGUCUACUACUGUUCUAGAGUUGCCAACGUCAUCACUUCAGUAGAUGUAUUGUAUUGUAUUGUACUUCACUGUAGGUUACUGUUCUCGUGUACUCUGUUAUACUAGUUUAUAACUAACUGUAAAUCAAACUAUAUUUGUAAUCCAAUAUGUUGGCGUUUUUUCAUCCCAUUGCAUAUAGAUCCUGGGCCUCCUCACCCUCUGCCUGGUAGGCAGGGUCCUCUCCCCCCAGUCCCAGGGAGCUGUUCCUCCCCUCCUGCCCCACCUCCUCCACGGGGAGGUCGCUCUGGCCCCCUGCCCCCUCUCCCAGGACCGCCAGUGCGAGGCCUGCCCCCCUCCCAGCCCCCUCCUUCACGUGGAGCCCUGCCACCUCCACCCCCGUCAAGCGGCCGAGGUGGACUCCAACCCCAUCCACCUUCUGUGUCCCAUAGUUCUCUUCCACCUCCCCCUCCCCUUAGUCACCAGCGCUCCAUGCCUGCCCCUCCUCCUCCUGCUCCAUCUGCCCCCAGUCAAGGAGGCCCAGCGCCUCCUCCACCUCCUCCUCCCCCACCUCCCCCAGCCCAGAGCUCUGGAGACUUCCCUCCUCUUCCACCACCCUAUAAAGAUCCCCCACCACCUGCUCCUGCAUCUACAGGAGGAGGUGGAGGCGGAGAUGGAAGAGGAGCUCUGCUGGACCAGAUACGCCUGGGAAGGAAGCUCAAAAACGUAAACACAACUUUGUUGUUCAAAUACAGAUAUGGUCUUUGUCAGUGAGAGUGAAGUCUAUAUAUUUCAGUUUACAUAAUCAUUGACUUUUGACCUUUGUGUGUCCCAGGUCACAGACAGUCCUGAGCCACCUCCACCUGCCCAGGGAGACUCAGAGGGCAUCGUAGGAGCUCUGAUGAUGGUCAUGCAGAAGAGGAGUAAAGUCAUCCACUCCUCUGGUAAACACCUUCUCAUCCUAAUCUUUCAUUCAUUCAUUCUAUUCCAUCUACAAAUGUAUAAAUUAAACCAAAUACAUUGUGGCUUGUCCUCAUGAAUCUUAAAAUAAAUCUGAUAACAGAUAUUCCUCUCUUCUGUUUCAGAUGAAGGUGAAGAAGAAGGCGGGUUUGACGAUGAAGAUGAAGAUGAAUGGGACGACUGA